UUCAUAAAAAUACACACUAACACCUGUAACAGACGGGGAGACAUUUCAUCAUUUAUCGGAAAGCCACGUACACGUGAUAAUUCAUAUAUAUACACAAAUUCGACCCAGUUUGUGCAUAGAGAAAUCAAACUAUUUUGAAAACACAUUCCUGAGUGUGGUAAAAGAAAAGUCUGAAUUGCACCCAUCAUGUGGACAACGUCUUGCAACGAUAAGAAGAGCAAAUCUAUGGCUGACGGUAAAAAAAAAUCUUGUGGCCUGCUCUUCACUGACGAAUGGGACAAGAUGAUCGAGAAAGGCGUGUCCCCGAAGGAAAUCUGGGAGACUCGUUAUGAUGAAGUGAACAAAAUAAACUCCGACUUUUUCCGGAAGUUUGAGUGUAAGUCCGAGAGCGGACCAAAAGAUUCAAUGACGCCCAGUUUAUUGACAGCCAUUGAGCAGGUGCUUCUAAUUUUCGGGAAAAGUUACGUGCAGGGCAUGCAGAGCAGAUGGGAAAAGUUCCAGGACAUUGGAGGGAGCCCUGCAGAAUUCUGGCGUGGGGAAAGGUCAAAGUUCGAGAGAGAACACUGGUGGUGGCGGUGCAUGGGGAAGAAAUCGUCAAAGAACAGCGGAUGUUGUAAGGAAAGCGAAAAAUCAGCCAUGUUCAGUGAGUUUGAUGAAAAAAGAAUUAAAUAUUAGCUAUUAAGUGCAUAGAGGGAUGGAACUGGGGUCAAUGUGAUUUACGGACACCCCAAGAUGGAUGACGCUAACUCAGCUGAAAAUUAUUAUCGAUGAUUUUGUAAUCAACGGAUUAUUCUCUCGUGCUUUAUGUUUUCAUUGAUGUGUAGUUAGAUAUAGAAAUAAAAAUACACUGCAGUA